GACCAGACAUGGACGCUCGGAACCUUGUCAAGCUGAAGAGGCAACUUGCCAGGGAGGAGCAGAAAAAGGAGGCCCCCGCCCAGCAGAGGGCGGUCGAUGAGAUCUUCCCCAAGGCGGGAGUGGCCGAAGAGGCCAAAGAGGUGGGGGCCGUCCCGGAGGCCGCCGUCGGGGGCUCCCCCGGUCAGGAGCCGAAGAGGAAAAGGCUUGGGAAGGACCCGGCACAACCGGAGGGGAAGAAGAAGAAGAAGAAGGGGCCCCCGGAGUCAAAGGAAGCCCCCGUUGUGGUCGUAGACGAAUCUUCUCCUCCCAAGCCUUCGGGUCAAGCUAAUGAUCUGACAUGGCCCCUGGACAAAGUCCAAUUCUCUAUUACGAAGGGGACUGCUAUCAUGCACGGGACCCUGAACCCGAAGGAGUUUUUGAGGGGUGCCACCCCUCCGACCGAUAAGUCUGUGCUCUCCCAUCAGGCCGACGAUGUCCUCUGCUCCAAGGUUCUGAUGGCCUCGGUUACGGCGAGCCUUGGCCUUGGCGAGCUGGUCCAGAGGAUAGAACAGCAUGACUCGGAGAAGAAGAAAGCCGUUGAAGCACUGGCUGAGGCCCGAAGGCAGCUCAAGGAGGCCGAGGACGCUCGCAAAGCUGAGCAAGAGGCUUUCAAAGAAAUUCUCGAGGGCUCCAAGACGGUGGCCAGAGCCGAAGGCAAAGCAGAGGCGGAGAAGGCUGCGGCCGAUGCUGCCAAGAAGGCCGCGGAGGAUGCCGAGGAGGCUCGGAUCAAAGCUGUCGCCGAAGCCCGGGAGGACACUGUCGCCGCUUUUGCUGAGGAGGGAUGGAAAGCCGAAGGCCGGCAGGAAUGGGUGGCUUCGGUGGUGGAAGCUUCGGUGAACGAAUGGGUGAAAGGCCCAGGCGCAAUGUGGUUGGCCCGAAAGGGGAAAGAGUAUUAUGACGGGGGUGAGUACUUUACUCAGGCCCUCGUAUAUCGAAGGCUGUCCCGACAUUUUGGGGUGGACCCGAAGGCCUUUGAUCCGGCAUCCUAUGGUCUCCCUCCCCUUCAGCCAGACCCCAGGGUUCCCCUCCCUGAAGGUGUUGCGAGGCCUGAUUUGGAAGACUCCCUGCUGAUGGCCGAGGGCAGUGACG